GUGCAGGCAAGGCGAGAACGCGACUAGAGCACGCUACAAACGCGGCCUAGAUUGCCUAGUGAGAGCACCGCGCCGCCGGCGUCGCCAUCGCGAUCGUUGCUAUACGCCCCCUUUUCAGCGCGAGCGUGUUUCGUCUAGCGACCGGCAGACGGCGAACUGCGUCCAACUCGGCGGCGUGCCUCAUACACGCAGGGGGAGCAGUCGGCAAAGCUGCUUUCAAGCCGGCGUCGAGGGAGCCGGCAGUCAACGAAUUGUGUUGCCGGUGAGCGGCGAGUGUGCGGUUGAAGGCUCGGUGCAGUUUUGUCUCGUUCCUGUGUCUGUAGCCGCCGGCGUCGCCACCAUGGCCGUCAACGAGGCUGAGAAGAAUCAGGUGACCGAUUUGGUGAACGACUUCAUGCGUUACCAGCUAAACCGGCGCGGCCUUCAGUGGAAUACGUGCCCGCCAUUGCAGCGACCUUCCAAAGUGGCUCUCGUACUGCGGACGCUGGGGGACGAAUUCAUCACCAAAUACCGGGAGGAGUUCACUCAGAUGUGUGGCCGACUCGACAUGACUCCCUCUGUGGCCCAGACAGCGUACAUGGACGUCCUGAACGAGCUCUUCAGCGAAGGGAUUACGUGGGCACGCAUCGUGGGUGCCUUCGCAUUCAGUGUGGAGCUGUCGGCGCUCUGUGUCGAGAAGAACUGGUCGGAGCUGGUGGACAGCAUCGCAUCCUGGUUGUCUUCGUACGUCUGUACGAGGCUUCUUCCCUGGAUAAGGGACCACCAAGGAUGGGACGGCCUGGUCGUGUUCAGCGAGGAGCGCGACGACACCGGCGCUGCCGAGUCUCCCUGGCCCAUCUUCAAGAACGUGGUGUGCGGGGUGGCCGUCACGGCGCUCGGUGCCCUCACGCUCGGCGCCUUCCUCACGUCCAAGUCGUAGGUCGCCGCGCAGGCGCCGGACGAUAACCAGCCGCCCGGCCCGCCGCGCCCCCGGAUUCUUCGCGCCGCGGCUGGCCUGGACACACAAGCUCCACCCAGUACACACUCGCUUCACGUGUACCUGCACGAGAAAGGCGACCAGCCGGCCGGCCUUUCUCGACCACUGCGUCCCCGACCGACGUUGCCGAGGAGCUCGCGUUCUUCCAGCACACGCCGAGGACACUCUCGGACUUGUGCCUCAACUCCAGGGUGCCUGUCGCGACUGUGGCGGUGGACAAAGAGUACAGCGGCAGCAGCGCGCGGUCAAGUGGGCGAGUCUUCGGUGGUUCGGACUUUUUCGCGUUCCUCGUCGCUGUCGUGGCGGCGCCUCCCUCGUUUGUGGUGCGGCGCGCGGCAUUUGUCAAGGCGGGCCGGCCGGUCGGUGGCCGGCUGCACGUUGGUGUGGUGCUCGCGGAAAGCGGUGGUACGGACGCACGGACAAUGCUUAACCCCAUCCGUGGACGAGCGACCCCUCCUUCUACGAGAGUUCAAACGACGGCGUUUGCUUCGUCGUCUCUUAUACGGCCCGCUCGCCAGCAGGACUUCCAGAACGAAAUGUGUGAUGGCGCAGCGGUGAGGGGGAAGUGUCCUCCGCCGCGGUGAAUUCGCCCGUGUGUAAAGCGAGCGCCUACUACAGUGCCGCGAUGUGCGCCGUUCGCCCGAAAGAAGAAAAAAAAAAUUGUCUGUACCUUUUGCUACUUUUAUUCGCGGACUUUCCGUAUGCUGAACGCAAUCACCUGCCGAGAUGAGCGUCGCUUUACUGUACGCGUCGCGCUUCGGUCGCGUUCUUUGUCAAUUUUAAAAACAGCAGUGCUAGUUGCGUAGUUGAGUGAAAUUUUCUUUCUCGUUCCACCUUAAUGCUGUGGACUACUUGUGUGAACGUGUUCAGUGUGCGAGAGUCUUGCCUGUAGUUGACUGUUUGUCGUUUUCUUUUCUGAUUGCGUUUUUUUGUUCUUUUGGUUACUUUUGUGUUCGAAUGCUCUUACUUCCGCUGCCGGAAACCGCAUACUGUCCGCAACGCCAGCUAGUCCGACGCUGCUCUUUGAAUAAAACAGUGAUUACAGCCGUUGUCGAAAAGGAAAAAGUUUAUCGAAACCACUUAGGCACAAUUAUUAUACGCGGGGGGGUCUGUUCUCUGUGUAGGCGGAACUCAACAGUGCAGCGAAAAGACUGCUCAGCAUCAUUUUAUAGGCACCCAUCCUUAAUGUCCAUUAUUUAAUGUUCUUAAUGUCGCUUUACAGCAUCAUUGUCAUGCCGAUCUUGUCGAUUCAUGAAACACUGCCAAAAUACACAGCCGAUUCCCCAAGGAGCGCGCGUAAAACAUGCCCGGGACGACGAAGGUAGCCUUGUUUCACUACCUAAGGCUUUGCUUUAAGUUUCAGCGAUGUCUAACCAGGUCUCCUAUUUUCAGCGGUGCCUUUUCAGGUCGAUGUUGCGGUGACUAUAGGGAAAAUGGGGCCUGUUCGCACGAGCUCUCGCAAAAUCUCGCUGGAACAGCCUUACACCGCCAAUUAGUUGCUCGUCUGGCACUUCCCUUGGUGAAUAUGAAUCUUAAUUACUUCCGCGAUUGAUUAAGCCCUCCAUCGCUGCGCGGUUCAACCCGACGGCGCUCCGAGUGUGUUUCUGUUUAGUGUUGCAGUCCUUCGUUAUUAUUUCGUGUACUCGUGGCUACCAAUGUCCUGAAAGCGGUGAUGGAAGAAAGAAAGAGAGUCUUGGUCACCUUUUCUUAUAUAGUACUGUCGAUUACUUCGCUAACGCGUGAAAGGUAGCUGAUUGCAAACGAGUGUGAGCAUUUGCAGAGUAUUAUCUCGCGUUAUUCGUUCGAAGGCCCCCGACCCUCGGAAGUUCUGCAUCCCUGCAGUGAAUGUCAAGUGCAUGCUUAUGUGAGCCUCCCUCUCCCGGCGACACAAUUGCUGCGACCGUGUGAUACAGUAACCUGUUUUUGUGUUUCCUCAUACAUAGAUAUUGUAAAAGUUAUCUACAUUUGCGCGAGCUAGCAGUAUUUCACACACGCGCAGGCCCGGUUCGCGCCGUUUUUCUCCGGCAGCUUUUUUUUUAAAUUCUCUAAUCGACAUGACCAUUGCCGUCGGGACGGCCAUUCUCCUGGGUCGAGGGCCUUCGUUUACCUUAGGUUUAUCACAUGUGCAGUGGCAUGCGCGAUCCUGUACGUACGCACGCUACGAAUGCGCCGCCGUAUUUAUAAUUUAUCUAAUUCGCGCCGGUUGUGCGUGUUUCAUCCCCUGUCAACCUUAGGAGUACCUUGUAACGAAUGUUUCUUCUAUGGUGAGAAUGGAUGCAGUACUGGACAAAACGAAUGGCGUGGGAUAGCAUCGUUCGCCUUGGUCUGUCUGUGCUGUAUGCGAAGGUUUUUUUUCUCCCUGUGGCCAAUUCUCCUAUCGUCAGUCGUGUAUUGUUUCUAGGGAGCCGCGCUUUUGUUCAAAUCGCGGAGCAAGCCGCACACGUCCCCCCCCCCACCCCCCUACCCCUUCGUAAAAGCGUUUUGUCUUGGGGAUCUGCACUAAUUGAUGCUUGUGUACGCGAGCAGGUAUCGCUUGUCGAACACGCAUGUUCUUUUGUAUUCGGCGGCAAGCUUUUAUACAGAGUUACUUCUAAUAUCCGCUCACCCUGUUCGGUUCUCGUGUUUAAUUAGUGUGACCCGAGUUCUUCCCCGUGAUGAUGAAUCUAUGUUCCUGUGUUCAAACAGCAACAGUUCUGAUUGUUCGCGUUCGUUCAUUUGUCGUACUGUACUGUACAUAUCUAGUGCUUUUCUUUUUUGGAACCUAAAGAGGAUAAAAUUAUUGAGGUACUAAAUAAAAAGCACGUUAUGCUGUA